AUGGCUGCCACGAAGAAGGAGGCCCCCGCACCCCGCACCGGCAUCAUUGCUGGCUUCAACAAGGGCCACAAAACAACCCGUCGCGCCCGCCGCCCGUCAUCAAACGACCGUUACGCGCUCCCUCACAAGAAGCUACGCGCCGUGAAAGCUAUUAUCAGUGAUCUCGUUGGCUUCUCGCCCAUGGAGAGGCGGGUUCAGGAGCUUCUCCGUGUGGGAAAGGACAAGCGUGCACUGAAGUUUUGCAAGAAGCGCCUCGGUAGUAUUAAGGCGGCAAAGAAAAGACGUGCUAAGGUGGAGGAGGCCCUCCGCCAGCAGACGAAGAAGAAGUAG